AUGGAGCCAGGAAUUCCCCCGUCAACUCCCGAUUCGCCAACAUCUCCAUCCAUCGGUUUCAACACCGACCAACUUCCUCACACUCACACCAGCCGCGCUUCCGACGACGAAGCUUCCGUUGAUCCCGACAUCAUUCGCGACGAACCUGAGCCGGAGGAAGAUGAAGACGGAGAAGAUCUAUACAACGAUAACUUUCUCGAGGAUUAUCGGAGGAUGGAUGAAGCUGACCAGUUCGAAUCUGUUGGAUUGGAUGAUUCUGUUGAAGAUGAGAGAGAUUUUGAUCAGAUCAUGGAGGAUCGUAGGGCUGCUGAGGUUGAGCUUGAUACUCGAGAUGGUCGUGCUUCCAAUCGUACUAAGCUUCCUCAGCUUCUUCACGACCAGGAUACUGAUGAUGACGGUUACAGGCCUUCUAAAAGGGCUAGAGCUGAUCACAGGUCUUCUAUACCACCAAGCGAUGAUGAUCUUGAUGGGAUGAAUAGUUCACCUGGAAGGUCACAACGAGGACAACACUCAAGGGACGAUAAUCCAACCACUGAUCAAAAUGAGGAUGACCAGUAUGAGGAUGAUUUUGAUGAUGAAGCUGGGUAUGAGAUGUACCGUGUUCAAGGAACUCUCAGAGAAUGGGUUACAAGAGAUGAAGUGCGCCGUUUCAUAGCCAGGAAAUUCAAGGAUUUCUUACUCACUUAUGUCAAUCCGAAGAAUGAACAUGGCGACUUUGAGUAUGUACGUCUGAUUAAUGAAAUGGUGUCAGCUAACAAGUGCAGUUUGGAGAUAGAUUACAAGCAAUUUAUCUAUGUCCAUCCCAACAUUGCUAUUUGGCUGGCUGAUGCACCUCAUUCUGUUCUAGAAGUGAUGGAAGAUGUUGCUAAAAGUGUUGUCUUUCAGCUACAUCCUAAUUACAAACAUAUACAUCAGAAGAUUUAUGUUCGCAUUACCAACUUACCAGUUUAUGAUCAGAUCCGAAAUAUUAGACAGAUUCAUUUGAAUACAAUGAUCCGAAUUGGGGGAGUUGUAACUAGGCGUUCUGGAGUUUUCCCCCAGUUGCAACAGGUGAAGUAUGACUGUAGCAAGUGUGGGGCAAUUUUGGGGCCAUUUUUUCAGAACUCCUAUUCAGAGGUGAAAGUUGGUUCCUGUCCUGAGUGUCAAUCAAAAGGACCAUUCACUGUCAAUAUUGAACAGACAAUCUACAGGAAUUUUCAAAAGCUCACUCUUCAAGAGAGCCCAGGAAUAGUUCCUGCUGGGCGAUUGCCAAGAUACAAGGAAGUGAUACUAUUGAAUGAUCUGAUUGACUGUGCUCGACCUGGAGAAGAGAUUGAGGUCACAGGUGUUUAUACUAAUAACUUUGACUUGUCCCUUAACACAAAGAAUGGUUUUCCAGUGUUUUCCACUGUUGUUGAGGCAAAUCAUGUUACAAAGAAACAAGAUCUCUUUUCUGCCUACAAACUUACACAGGAAGACAAAGAAGAGAUUGAAAAUUUGGGCAAAGACCCCCGAAUUGGAGAAAGGAUUGUCAAGUCUAUUGCUCCGUCAAUCUAUGGUCAUGAUGAUAUAAAAACUGGAAUAGCUUUAGCUAUGUUUGGAGGUCAAGAAAAGAAUGUUGAAGGGAAGCAUCGUCUGCGUGGAGACAUUAAUGUUCUUCUUCUCGGUGAUCCAGGAACAGCAAAGUCUCAAUUUCUGAAGUAUGUUGAAAAAACUGGCCAGAGAGCUGUAUACACCACUGGCAAAGGAGCUUCUGCUGUGGGUCUCACUGCUGCAGUACACAAGGAUCCUGUCACAAGGGAGUGGACCCUUGAAGGGGGAGCUCUUGUUCUAGCUGACAGAGGGAUUUGUCUCAUUGAUGAAUUUGACAAGAUGAAUGACCAGGAUCGAGUAAGUAUUCAUGAAGCCAUGGAGCAGCAGAGCAUAAGCAUAUCAAAAGCUGGAAUUGUCACAUCUCUUCAGGCACGCUGUUCUGUCAUCGCUGCUGCAAAUCCAAUUGGAGGAAGAUAUGAUUCCUCAAAAUUGUUUACACAGAAUGUUGAAUUGACAGAUCCUAUUAUUUCUCGUUUUGACAUCCUCUGCGUUGUGAAGGAUGUGGUUGAUCCAGUCACUGAUGAAAUGCUUGCAAAGUUUGUUGUUGACAGUCACUUCAAGUCCCAACCCAAGGGUGUUAACAAUGAUGAUAAGUCUGUUAGUGAGUCCCAGGAUGCAUCUGGCAUGCCAACUGACCCAGAGAUACUCCCUCAAGAUCUGUUGAAGAAGUACAUUACAUAUGCCAAGUUGAAUGUUUUCCCAAGGUUUAAUGAUGCUGAUUUGGAUAAGCUUACUCAUGUGUAUGCAGAACUCCGGAGGGAAUCAUCACAUGGUCAAGGAGUCCCCAUUGCUGUAAGACACAUUGAAUCAAUGAUAAGGAUGUCUGAAGCUCAUGCUAGAAUGCAUCUCAGACAGCAUGUCACACCAGAGGAUGUGGACAUGGCAAUUCGUGUUCUACUUGAUUCGUUCAUUUCAACCCAGAAGUUUGGGGUGCAGAAAGCACUGCAAAAGAGCUUUAGGAAGUAUAUCACUUUCAAGAAGGACUAUAAUGAUGUGCUCCUUUAUAUUCUCGGAUUGCUUGUAAAGGGUGCUAUUGAUUUUGAAGAAAUUGUUGCUGGAUCUACUUCUAGUUUGACGCAUGUAGAAGUCAAAGUAGAUGAUCUCUCCAUGAAGGCUCAAGAGCAUGAUAUAUAUGAUCUGAAGCCGUUCUUCAACAGCAGCCAGUUUUCAAGGUCCAAUUAUGUAUUAGAUGAAGAGCGAUCAAUGAUCAUACAUCACCUCAGGUGA